CAAUCGUCAGGCAAAUAGCCUAUCGUACUCAGUGGAAGAGACGAAGAAUACUAAUGGCCAACAUGUGCAAAAGAGACGACACUUAAACUUGUUGGUAUUGUGACGAGAUUAACGGGUUUCGGAGUUGCGGUACAGGCCUCAUUUAGCGAGCUAGCAAGCAGCCGCAGGAUCAGGGUCAGUUGUCGUCGGGGCACGAUAGCAACGGCGUGUUCUCUCACGAACAAUUUAAUAUCCACGUGGCCGGCUUUUGUAACCACAGUUUUUAAAAAAAUGGAAAAGGACUUAAGCUGCGAAAUUGGUCCUCCGUGCUCGCUGGAGCUGGCCGAUGGCACCGUAUUCCAGGGCCGAAGCUUCGGUGCACCCAUACCCACAGAGGGAGAAGUUGUAUUUCAAACUGGCAUGGUUGGCUAUCCAGAGUCCUUGACAGAUCCCUCUUACCACGCACAGCUGCUGGUGCUGACGUACCCAUUGAUCGGCAAUUACGGCGUUCCAGAUGAUCAGGAGUGUGAUGAACAUGAAUUGCCCAGGUGGUUCGAAUCAAGCCGAAUUUGGGCAGCCGGACUUAUAGUGGGCGAAAUUAGCACUAAGUCAUGUCACUGGCGAGCUAAGCGGUCUCUAGGAAAUUGGCUUGCUGCUCAAGGAGUGCCCGGCCUCUGUGACAUUGACACCAGGGCCCUCACUUUUCGUCUUCGAGAGGGAGUUAUGUUAGGUCGAAUCGUUCAGGGUGUAUCACAUUUUGGACCUCAACAUCCUCUGUCAGAUCCCAACACAAGAAAUUUAGUUGCAGAAGUAUCAACUAAAAAAGUCAAAACAUUCAACGCUAGCGGUGACAUUACAGUUAUGGCCGUAGAUUGUGGGUUGAAAUAUAAUCAAAUAAGAUGUUUGGUAAAAAGGAACGUAAAAGUAAUCUUAGUGCCAUGGGAUCACAAAUUUAACCCGAAAGACUACGAUGGCCUAUUUAUCAGCAAUGGUCCAGGUGAUCCGGAAAAAUGUAAAAAAGUAGUAGAAAAUAUCAAAGUUGCCGUCGGCGAAAAAUCGGAAGUUAAGCCAGUGUUUGGAAUCUGCCUUGGUCAUCAGCUACUUUCCACGGCUAUAGGUUGCAAAACAUAUAAAACAAGUUACGGUAACCGUGGUCACAAUUUACCAUGCACCCAUUACGAUACAGGAAGAUGCUUCAUGACUUCACAAAACCAUGGCUAUGCUGUUGAUGCUAACAGUUUACCCGAAAACUGGAAAAUUCUUUUCACAAACGAAAACGAUAAAACAAACGAAGGAAUCAUUCAUAAAUCAAAACCAUUCUUCAGUGUUCAAUUUCAUCCAGAACACACAGCGGGUCCUACGGAUUUGGAAUGGCUUUUUGAUAUUUUUAUAGAAUCAAUCAGGAGUUUUAAAAAAGGUCAGGAGUACAUAAUUGAUCAAGAAAUAACAAAGAAAUUGAAAUUCGAUGUUACUGUUAACGAAAGGCCAAAAAAGGUACUUAUUUUGGGAUCAGGUGGCUUGUCGAUAGGCCAAGCAGGCGAAUUUGAUUAUUCUGGUUCUCAGGGUGUGAAAGCAAUGCAAGAGGAGAAAAUUCAAACCGUUUUGAUUAAUCCAAAUAUUGCCACAGUUCAGACGUCUAAAGGAUUAGCGGAUAAAGUAUAUUUCUUACCUAUUACUCCAGAAUAUGUAGAACAAGUAAUCAAGGCCGAACGACCGACGGGAGUAUUGCUUACUUUUGGCGGACAAACUGCACUAAAUUGUGGAGUAGAAUUACAAAAGUCUGGUGUAUUCGAAAAAUAUAAUGUCAAAGUUUUAGGAACUCCAAUUCAAUCUAUUGUUGACACCGAAGAUAGAAAGAUAUUUGCUGAGAAAAUUUACUCUAUUGGUGAAAGAGUAGCUCCUAGUGCUGCAGUGACAUCGGUAGAGGAAGCUCUUUCUGCUGCCUUGCAAAUUGGUUAUCCAGUCAUGGCACGCUCUGCCUUUUCAUUAGGUGGCUUAGGCUCUGGUUUUGCCAAUAACGAGGAAGAACUUCGAACAUUAGCUCACCAAGCUUUAUCUCAUUCCGAUCAACUUAUAAUCGACAAAUCUCUUAAAGGUUGGAAAGAAGUUGAAUAUGAAGUAGUUCGAGAUGCAUUUGAUAAUUGUAUAACUGUAUGUAACAUGGAAAAUGUUGACCCCCUGGGAAUACACACAGGUGAAUCCAUUGUAGUAGCUCCGAGUCAAACUUUAUCGAACAGAGAAUAUUAUAUGUUACGUAAUACCGCGAUCAAAGUUAUAAGACACUUUGGGGUUGUAGGAGAAUGUAACAUUCAAUAUGCCUUAAAUCCAUUUUCUGAAGAAUAUUACAUUAUAGAAGUAAAUGCUCGGCUAUCAAGAAGUUCCGCUCUUGCAAGCAAAGCUACAGGAUACCCUCUUGCGUAUGUGGCAGCAAAGUUGGCACUUGGAAUCCCUUUGCCCGUUAUUAAAAAUUCUGUAACGGGAGUAACUACAGCUUGUUUUGAACCAAGUCUAGAUUACUGUGUAGUCAAAAUCCCCAGAUGGGACUUAGCAAAAUUUAAUCGAGUUAGUACUAAAAUCGGAAGUUCCAUGAAAAGUGUAGGUGAAGUUAUGUCAAUAGGUAGAAAUUUUGAAGAAGCAUUCCAAAAAGCGUUACGCAUGGUUGAUGAAAAUGUGAAUGGAUUUGACCCUAAUAUAAAGACUGUCAACGAAAAUGAACUGAGGGAACCAACAGAUAAAAGAAUGUUUGUAUUAGCAGCAGCUCUAAAAGAAGGAUAUACAGUAAGUAAACUGUAUGAUCUUACAAAAAUAGAUCGUUGGUUUUUAGAGAAAUUCAAAAACAUCACAGAUUAUUAUAAAAAGCUUCAGUGUGUUGAAGGAACAACGAUUACAUUCGAUCUGUUGAAACAAGCUAAAAAGAUCGGAUUUUCUGAUAAACAAAUCGCAGCAGCGAUCAAAAGUACCGAAUUAGUAGUAAGAAAAUUAAGAGAAAAGUAUAAAAUAACACCAUUUGUAAAACAAAUAGACACAGUCGCGGCCGAAUGGCCAGCCGCCACUAAUUAUCUUUAUUUGACAUAUAAUGGCAUCUGCCAUGAUUUAGAUUUUCCUGGUGAUUACACGAUGGUAUUAGGGUCUGGAGUAUACAGAAUAGGAAGUUCAGUUGAGUUUGAUUGGUGUGCAGUGGGCUGUUUAAGAGAACUAAAGAAUCAAGGAAUGAAAACUAUAAUGGUUAAUUACAACCCUGAGACUGUUAGUACUGAUUAUGACAUGAGUGAUCGACUAUAUUUUGAAGAAAUAUCGUUUGAGGUAGUUAUGGAUAUUUAUGAUAUCGAGAAACCAAAUGGUGUCAUACUUUCAAUGGGAGGUCAAUUACCAAAUAAUAUUGCAAUGGAUUUACACAGACAGCAAGCAAAAAUUUUAGGAACCUCCCCAGAUAUGAUUGACAAUGCAGAGAAUCGUUUCAAAUUUUCAAGGAUGUUAGAUCGUAAAGGUAUCUUGCAACCCAGAUGGAAAGAACUUACGAAUCUUGAAUCAGCUAUAUCUUUUUGUGAAGAAGUUGGUUAUCCAUGUCUGGUUAGACCUUCAUACGUUUUAAGUGGUGCUGCGAUGAAUGUAGCAUAUUCAAAUCAAGAUUUGGAGGCCUAUCUUAAAUCUGCUAGUGAAGUCAGUAAAGAACAUCCUAUUGUUAUAUCAAAAUAUAUUAUGGAUGCUAAAGAAAUUGACGUUGAUGCAGUUUCAUCAGAUGGAGUAAUUUAUUGUUUAGCAGUAUCAGAGCAUGUAGAAAAUGCUGGUGUUCAUUCUGGUGAUGCCACACUAGUAACCCCUCCACAAGACAUUAAUAAAGAAACAUUAGAGAAAAUCAAAGAUAUUGCAAGCAUCAUCGCAGAAACAUUAGAUGUUACUGGUCCGUUUAACAUGCAACUUAUUGCAAAAGACAACGACCUGAAAGUUAUUGAAUGCAAUGUUCGAGUCUCUAGAUCAUUUCCAUUUGUAUCAAAAACUUUAGAUCAUGAUUUUGUUGCUAUGGCUACUAAAGUUAUUUUAGGAAUACCUGUUGAAACAGUUAACGUCUUGGCCGGUUGUGGAAAAGUUGGUGUGAAGGUACCACAAUUUUCAUUUUCUAGACUUUCUGGAGCAGAUGUGACUUUAGGAGUAGAAAUGGCAUCAACUGGAGAAGUGGCAUGUUUUGGCGAAAACCGUUAUGAGGCAUAUUUAAAAUCUUUAAUGAGUACUGGCUUCAGAAUACCAAAAAAAGCUAUUUUACUUUCAGUGGGCACAUUCAAGCACAAGAUUGAACUACUACCUAGUGUUCGAGCAUUACAGAAGAUGGGAUAUAAGCUAUAUGCGAGCAUGGGCACCGGUGAUUUCUAUACUGAACAUGGCGUCGAGGUUGAAAGUGUACAAUGGACAUUCGACCAUAUAGGAGAUCCCGAUGAUGCUAGAGCGGACGGAGAACUAAUGCAUUUAGCGGACUUCAUGGCUCGCAGGCAACUGGACUUGGUAAUUAAUUUGCCAAUGCGAAGUGGUGCCCGUCGUGUCUCCACUUUCAGCUCACAUGGAUACCGAACCCGAAGACUUGCCGUUGACUACGCUGUUCCCUUAGUGACCGAUGUGAAAUGCGCGAAGUUAUUAGUUCAGGCUAUGACACGAUGCGGCGGCGCUCCUCCUAUGAAAACCCAUACUGACUGUAUGACAUCCAGAAAUAUUAUUAAACUUCCUGGUUUCAUUGACGUUCAUGUACAUGCACGUGAACCAGGAGCAACAUACAAAGAAGACUUUAAUUCGUGUACGGCAGCAGCAUUAGCUGGAGGCAUCACCAUGAUAUGCGCUAUGCCAAAUACAAAUCCUCCUGUGGUAGACCGAGCUGCUUUAGAAUACUCCUCAGCUCUUGCCAGAGUUAGCGCUCGAUGUGAUUACGCUUUAUUUGUAGGAGCAUCUUCUAAUAAUUUUGAUACAGUUGUUGAACUGGCGCCUCAAGCUGCUGCACUAAAAAUGUACCUCAAUGAAACUUUCACGACCUUGAAACUCGAUGAUAUGACCGUGUGGCAGAAGCAUCUACAAAACUGGCCUAAAAAAAUGCCAAUUUGUGCUCACGCGGAACGUGAAAAGACGGGUGCAAUUAUUUUAAUGGCCUCAUUACUUGAUCGUCCAAUUCAUAUUUGUCAUGUUGCUAGGAAAGAAGAAAUUUUAAUUAUCAGAGCUGCUAAAGAAAGAGGUUUGAAAGUAACUUGCGAAGUGUGCCCUCAACAUCUGCUUCUGAGUACGGAUGACAUUGAACGAAUUGGGGCCGGUCGUGCUGAAGUACGUCCAAUUUUGUGUAGUCCCGAAGAUCAAGCAGAGCUUUGGAGGAACAUAGAUAUAAUUGACAUUUUUGCUACUGACCAUGCUCCACAUUCAGCCGAAGAAAAAAAUUCGCAGAAUCCUCCACCUGGUUUUCCUGGCUUAGAAACUAUUUUACCUCUAUUAUUAAAUGCAGUACAUGAAGGUCGUCUCACUAUGGAAGAUCUAAUUAAUAAAUUUCAUCGUAAUCCUCGAAAGAUCUUUAACCUUCCCGAACAACCUAAUACGUACGUUGAAGUGGAUAUUGAUUAUGAAUGGACUAUUCCUUCUGCUAUGGAAUUUUCAAAGUCAAAAUGGACUCCCUUUGCCGGUAUGAAAGUUUGUGGAGCAAUACAUCGUGUCACUCUAAGAGGUGAAAUAGCAUAUGUUGAAGGUCAGAUACUUGUGCCUCCAGGAUUUGGUCAAAAUGUACGAGAAUGGCCUGUUCCUAAGAAACAAAUGUUCCCCGUUUAUGCCAUAGAAAAAAAUAGGGAGGAAAUAACUAGUCGACCAAACUCAGCACUAGACUUCCACGCCGGUGAAUUAAGUCGCUUGAGUGACUUUGAGUUAGACCAAAUCGACACCAAACCCGACAUACAAGCCAAAUUGAACGUUCACUUUAAUGAAGUCACUGGCAGAUGCAUUUCACCCCUACCACAGACGAGUUCAAUGAGACAAAGAUGCGAUAGCACAUCUAAUAAUUACAAUCCACCAAUUGCAGCACCAUCGAACCGUCAACGGAGUGAUCUUUUUGGAAAAAGUAUUAUAACAGUGGCUUCAUUCAGUAAAGAAACCCUGAACGAUAUAUUUAAUUUAGCUCAGUUCAUGAAAACGAGCAUCAGUAAAGGCCGAUAUUUAGAUGAUAUUCUAAGGGGAAAAGUUAUGUCUUCAAUAUUCUAUGAAGUUAGUACACGCACAAGUUGUAGUUUUGCAGCUGCGAUGCAAAGGUUAGGCGGAUCUGUAAUCCACACUGAUGCAACGAGUUCAUCAGCAAAAAAAGGAGAAACUCUGGAAGAUAGCGUCGCAAUAAUGGCCAGCUAUUCUGAUGUGGUUGUCCUACGUCAUCCAGAACCUGGUGCUGUAACAAAAGCAUCGAAGCACUGUCGCAAGCCAAUCAUUAACGCAGGUGAUGGAAUAGGAGAACACCCUACCCAAGCUUUACUCGAUGUUUUCACUAUUAGAGAAGAAAUUGGAACUGUGAAUGGGCUUACAAUAACCAUGGUCGGAGAUUUAAAGAACGGUCGGACAGUGCACUCUCUCGCUCGACUUUUAACUUUAUACCAAGUCCAGUUACAAUACAUUAACCCUCCAGGACUGGGUAUGCCUAAACACAUUAUGGAAUACGUUGCAAAGAAAGGAAUACCACAAAAAGUCUAUAAUAGUCUGGAAGAUGUAUUGGGAGAAACCCACGUCCUUUACAUGACUAGAAUCCAGCGAGAACGAUUUAACAGCCAGGAAGAAUAUGAGAAGAGUCGCGGGCUGUUAGUGGUGACGCCACAACUGAUGACUCGGGCGCGUAGGCGCAUGAUCGUAAUGCAUCCGUUGCCGCGCGUCGACGAGAUAUCAGCAGAGUUCGACACGGACCCGCGCGCUGCCUACUUCCGGCAGGCAGAGUACGGCAUGUACGUAAGAAUGGCACUGUUGGCCAUGGUUGCGGGAACCAAUCCUCUUGUGUAAGAAGCGUGUUUUUUCAACGAGGAAAGUGAAAUGACAGUUCUCCUCUUACAUAUGUCUGUGAUUAUUUAAAUAUUAUGAAAUACUGUAAUGUUAAUAAUAAGCCUUAUUUUUUUAUAUUGAUAAUAAAAUAAAAUGUUAUAUUAUUUUAGGUUAUAUAUGUGAACCUACGAAUCAUAUUAUACUAAUUGUUUAUUCAGCACAUUGUGCAUCGUGUGACAAAUCGAAUUUAAGAAGAUAUUUAUUUUUUAAGAUGAAGCGAACGCUUGCGCGUGCACAGGACUGACUGCUAUUACUGCUUUGCAUUCGCUAAAACUUUAUACAAAGCAGUUCGGACGUCUUCCUUAGGGACCUUCUCAGUGGCUUCAUUCAUGAAAUGCAUAUAACGCCAAUUCAGAGCGAAAGUAUGUGUGGCUCUAAGUUUAUCUCUAAUUAUUGGAAAUAAAAAAGAAGUUCCAGCAUACGUGAUCCGGGGUUUAAGGCGGAUGCGGCAUCAGUUUCAUAUUUGAAUCUUUUAAAUAAGCUCCCCUUACCUUAGCGAAAUGAGUGGAUGCGUUUUCGUGGUGAAAUUUAACAUUGCUUUGAGGACGUUUUUCGUAAUCGUUCUAAGACUGGAGCAAGCAAGCGUUGACGUACCAAUCUGAAAUCACUGUCCUUUGAUCAUCAAGUGAUACUGUCGUGUAAUAUCAUUCCAAUGCAAGUUUUUAUGUCAGUUUCAAUAAGUUAUCGUACUGUGGCAAUAUUAAAUUCUGUAACCGCAGUCGCCGACCAACCUUUACGUACCUCGUCAUGGAGCUGACCACGCCCACGUAUAAAUUCUCCAAAUAAAGAAUUCACCAAAUGGCAAUUGAAAUUUGUGGCAAUUCUGUAUUACUUCAAAAAUCAUUGAACAAAAAUAUUCUCGAGUUCAAUUCAUUUUAUAGCGACAGUUUUGAAAAGAUCCCACAAACCACAAUAACAAAAAGAAAUCACAGUCAUCAAACCACAAUAACAAAAAGAAAUCAUUAAUGAAUGUUCGAAUUUUAUAAUUGUUUUUCAUUAUUUUAUUGUAAGUGGCCAGAUCCAGAAACUUUCCGUAUGUCCCACAUAUAAACAUUUUAAGACUGGCCACGCAUGGAUUUCUCGAGCAGUUAGCCAGUGGUAAACAUACACUGACCGCUCUUGCUGUCAAAGUCUCGAAGCUACUAUUACAUUGGGCUGCCAAACGCCCGAACCAGUCGCACGCCCAAACUGCUCAUGCGGUUCCAUCCAUAUAUCUCUGUACAUUGAGUUCAUU